AUGGCUAUUCGCGUGAUGUUCUUGUUGGUUAUUCUGAUAGUCUUACCAUUUCCUUCUCAUUGUGCUGAUCCUGAUCCCCUGCAGGAUUUCUGCGUGGGAAUUCUGAACGAUACAUCAACAACAUCUCUUAACGGCUUUCCUUGCAAGCCUGCUUCCCAAGUUACUUCAGAUGACUUCUUCUUUGAUGGCCUAACCAAUGAGGGAAACACUGAAAAUGCAUUUGGAUUCAGUGCAACCGUGGGAAACGUUCUUGCUUUCCCAGGGUUAAACACACUAGGUCUCUCGAUGAAUCGAGUUGACUUUGCCCCAGGAGGGCUAAAUCCACCUCAUUCACACCCUCGUGCAACUGAGUCCGGAGUAGUCAUUAAAGGGAAACUCUACGUUGGAUUCCUAACAACAAAGAACGUGUUAUAUUCCAAAGUAUUGACUGCAGGGGAAAUGUUCGUGAUACCCCGAGGACUAGUGCAUUUCCAAAUGAAUGUUGGAAAGGAGAAGGCAAUGACAAUCACAGCUUUUAACAGUCAUUUGCCAGGAGCAGUGGUUCUACCAACUACACUAUUUACUUCAAAGCCACCAAUUCCUGAUGAGGUGUUGACUAAGGCCUUCAAAAUUGAUGCAAGUGUUAUUGAUGGUAUCAAAGCAAAACUUGGUGCCAUAAACUAUUAACAAUUGAAUAAAACAGAAUGGAAAAUAAAAGCCUAAAACAUAAAUUUGUCUUCUCAGGUAUACUUGUGUAUUUGUCUAAAUUUUCAUCUGGUACAUAGAUUAUCCAGGUGUGUAUUGUGUAAUAACCAAUAAUACAACAACAAUUCUUGAUUUUUCAUAUGGACGUGUUGAUUUGGUUACUCAGAUCAUUCUGUUCUUUGCAGUUACUCAUCAAAUAAGAGUC